AUGGGUGCCUUCAAAGUGUGGCUCGGGGUGGCCCUAGCACUGGCGGAAUUUGCAGCAUUGCCUCAUCAUUCCGAAGGUGCUUGUGUCUAUCAGGGAUCCUUGUUGGCGGAUGCCACAACUUGGAAGCCUGAUUCAUGCCAGAACUGCCGUUGCCAUGGCAACAUCGUUAUCUGCAAACCUGCUGUUUGCAGAAACCCUCAGUGUGCCUUUGAAAAGGGAGAAGUGCUUCAAAUAGCUGCCAACCAGUGCUGCCCUGAGUGUGUGUCGAGGACUCCCGGAUUUUGCCAUCAUGAAAAGAAAAUCUAUGCGCAUGGGACAGAGUGGGCCUCCUCCCCAUGCAGUGUGUGCUCGUGUACGCAUGGGGAAGUCCGAUGCACACCCCAGCCAUGCCCACCGCUGUCGUGUGCACAGCAGGAGCUGGAAUUCAUCCCCGAAGGGAGCUGCUGCCCAGUCUGUGUGGGCCCUGGGAAACCGUGUUCCUAUGAAGGCCAUGUAUUCCAGGAUGGGGAAGACUGGCCAUUGAGUCGGUGUGCUAAAUGUGUGUGUAGAAAUGGGGUCACCCAGUGCUUCACAGCUCAGUGUCAACCUCUGUUUUGCAACCAGGAUGAAACUGUCAUCCGAGUUCCUGGAAAAUGUUGCCCACAGUGCUCUUCCCGAUCCUGCUCUGCAUCUGGCCAAGCGUACGAGCAUGGUGAGCAGUGGAAUGAAAAUGCCUGUACCACAUGUAUAUGUGACCAGGGUGAGGUCAGGUGUCACAAACAGGCCUGCCCCCCACUAAGAUGUGACAAGGGUCAGAGAAGGACUCAGCGCCAUGGGGAAUGCUGUGAGGAAUGUGUGUCUCCUGUGGGAAGCUGCUCACACAAUGGGAUUGUGCGGUACCAGGAUGAAAUGUGGAAGGGCUCAGCCUGCGAGUUCUGCAUGUGUGACCGUGGCCAAGUGACUUGCCAGACUGGAGAGUGUGCCAAAGUUGAGUGUGCCCUGGGUGAAGAAUUAAUUCAUUUAGAUGGAAAAUGCUGCCCUGAAUGUAUUUCAAGGAAUGGUUAUUGUGUCUAUGAAGAAAAUGUAGAAUUUAUGUCCUCAAAUGCAAGUGAAGUUAAACGUAUUCCAGAUGGGGAGAAGUGGGAGGAUGGCCCUUGCAAAGUGUGUGAGUGCCAGGGCUCUCGGGUAACUUGCUACGAGCCCUCUUGUCCACCAUGUCCAGUGGCCACACUAGCCCAAGUGGUGAAGGGACAAUGCUGUCCAGAUUGCACAUCAGUUCAUUGCCACCCAGAUUGCUUGACCUGCUCUCAAUCUCCAGAGCACUGUGACCUCUGCCAGGACCCCACAAAGUUGCUGAGGAAUGGACAGUGUGUACACAGCUGUGGUCUGGGAUUUUACCAGGCUGGUGCUCUCUGUUUAGCCUGCCAGCCUCAGUGCUCCACGUGUACCAGCGGAAUGGAAUGUUCGUCCUGCCAGCCUCCUCUGCUGAUGCAGCAUGGCCAGUGCGUGUCCAUCUGCGGGGAUGGCUUCUACCAAGACCGCCACUCCUGUGCAGUCUGCCAUGAGUCCUGUUCUGCCUGCUGGGGUCCGACAGAGAAGCACUGCUUGGGCUGCAGAGACCCCCUCCAAGUGCUGAGGGAGGGCAGCUGUGAGAGCAGCUGUGGUCUUGGGUUCUACAACAAGCAGGGGAUCUGCAGUGCUUGUGAUCAAUCCUGUAAGAGUUGUGGUCCCAAUAGCCCCAGAUGUCUUACCUGUGCUGAGAAGACAGUGUUGCAUGAUGGGAAAUGCAUUGCUGAAUGCCCUGAUGGGUACUAUGCUGAGGUCACUGGCAGAUGCAAAGUUUGUCAUCAUUCAUGUGCCAGCUGCUCCGGACCCAUGGCCUCUCACUGCACAGCCUGCAUCCAGCCCCAGGCUCUGCGCCAAGGCCACUGCCUGUCCAGCUGUGGAGAAGGCUUCUACCCUGACCAUGGGGUCUGCAGAGCCUGUCAUUCCUCUUGCCUCACUUGUGUGGGUCCAGAACCCUCUCACUGUGCCCAGUGUAAGAAGCCUGAUGAAGGACUGCAAGUUGAGCGGCUCUCUGGGGCGAAUAUCACCUCUGGCAUGUGCCUGUCCCAGUGCAGAGCCCAGUUUUACUUGGAGAACACUGGACUUUGUGAAGCUUGCUACCAGUCCUGUUUCAGGUGUGCAGGGAAGAGCCCACUUAACUGCACAGCCUGUCAGCCUUCCCAAGUGCUGUUGGAUGGGCAGUGUCUCUCCCAGUGCCCAGAUGGAUAUUUUAGCCAGGAAGGUGGUUGCACAGAAUGCCACCCCACCUGCAGGCAGUGCCACGGCCCAUCAGACUCCGACUGCAUCUCCUGUCACCCACAUGUCACUCUUGCUGGUGGGAGCUGCAGGACGAGCUGUAAAGAUGAACAGUUCCUCAACCUGGUGGGGUACUGCACUGACUGCCAUCCUCUGUGCCAGCACUGUGCAGCCGACCUCCACAACACCGGGAGCAUCUGCCUGAGCUGCCAGAAUGCCCGGCACCUGCUGCUGGGGGACCACUGUGUUCCUGAUUGCCCUUCUGGAUUCUACGCAGAGAGAGGAGCUUGUAAAAAAUGUCACUCCUCCUGUAGAACCUGCCGGGGCACAGGACCCUUCUCCUGCACCUCCUGUGAUGCCAGCCUCGUGCUGUCCCACCUUGGCACCUGCACUACUGCCUGCUUCCCCGGGCACUAUCUCGAUGACGGCCGUGUUUGUCAGCCAUGCAGCGCACAUUGCAGAAGCUGUGAUUCACAGGCCAGCUGUACCUCCUGCCGAGAUCCAAACAAGGUCCUGCUCUUUGGGGAAUGUCAGUAUGAGAGCUGUGCCCCACAGUACUAUCUUGACUUCUCCACCAAGAUAUGCAGAGAGUGUGACUGGAGUUGCAAUGCAUGCUCUGGGCCUCUGAGGACAGACUGCCUGCAGUGCAUGGAUGGCUACGUUCUCCAGGACGGGACCUGCGUGGAGCAGUGCUCGCCAUCCUUCUACAGGGACGUGGGCCUCUGCAGGAGCUGCAGCAAUCACUGUCUCCAGUGCCAAGGGCCCCAUGAAUGCACUCGCUGUGAGGAACCAUUUCUCCUGUUGGAUGCCCAGUGUGUCCAGGAAUGUGGGAAGGGGUACUUUGCAGACCAUGCCAAUCGCCAAUGUGCAGCCUGCCCUCGAGCAUGCUUGCAGUGCAGCAGCAUGGACCAGUGUCACCUCUGUGACCAUGGGUUCUUUUUGAAGAGUGGCCUUUGUGUUUCCAAAUGCAUUCCUGGCUUCUCUGCCCACUCUAAUGAAUGUGCUGGCAAAAUACACACUCCUAGUCUUCAUGUGAAUGGCUCUCUCACCCUUGCAAUUGGUUCCAUGAGGCCACUGGAUUUUGCCCUUCUGAAUGUCCAAGAUCAAGAUGACAGGAUCGAAGACCUCCAGUUCCAUGUUGUGAGCACUCCCACCAAUGGUCAGCUAGUGCUCUCAAGGAAUGGAAAAGAGGUUCAGCUCGACAAGGCUGGCCAUUUUAGCUGGAAAGACGUGAAUGAGAAAAAAGUGCGUUUUGUGCACAGCAAAGAAAAACCCAGGAAAGGUUACUUUUCCCUGAAAAUUAGUGACCAGCAGUUCUUCUCUGAGCCACAACUGAUCAACAUACAAGCAUUUUCAACACAGGCCCCCUAUGUGCUAAGAAAUGAGGCCCUUCAUAUUAGCAGAGGAGAGAGAGGAACCAUUACUACCCAGCUGCUUGACAUCCGAGAUGAUGACAACCCACAGGAUGUGGUGAUCGAAGUGCUUGACCCUCCACUUCAUGGCCGAUUGCUCCAAACACUUCAAUCCCCUGCAACCCCAAUCUAUCAGUUCCGGCUGGAUGAACUCUCCAGGGGCCUUCUGCACUAUGCUCAUGAUGGCUCCGAUAGCGUAUCUGAUGUUGUGGUCUUGCAGGCCAAUGAUGGACAUUCCUUCCCAAAUAUACUGUUCCAUGUGAAGACCAUGCCCAAGAAUGAUGGAGGUCUUCGUCUUGUGGCCAAUUCAAUGGUGUGGGUUCCAGAAGGCGGGAUGCUGCAGAUUACCAAUAGAAUCUUACAGGCGGAAGCUCCAGGUGCAAGUGCCUCAGAAAUCAUCUACAAAAUUACACAGGAGCUCCCCCAAUUUGGAGAGGUGGUCCUUCUGGUUGAUAUGCCUGCAGACAGCCGUGCAGAGGAAGGGCAGCAUCUGCCUGAUGGGAGGACAGUGACCCCCACCAGCACCUUCACCCAACAAGACAUCAACGAAGGCAUUGUGUGGUACAGACACUCGGGAGUCCCAGCCCAGAGUGACUCCUUCCGCUUUCAGGUGUCUAGUGCCACAGAUGCCCAUACACAUCUGGAGAGCCGUGUAUUCAACAUCGCGAUCUUACCACAGACACCUGACACACCUAAACUCUCUCUGGGAGCAUCUCUCCAUAUGACCGCUCGGGAAGAUGGCCUGACUGUGAUUCAGCCUCAUUCCCUCUCCUUUGUAAACUCUGAGAGUCCAAGUGGAAAGAUUAUUUAUAAUAUCACUUUACCUCUGCAUCCAAAUCAAGGGAUCAUCGAACACAGGGACCAGCCUCAUUCUCCCAUCCAGUAUUUCACACAAGAAGAUAUUAACCAGGGAAAAAUUAUAUACCGUCCUCCCCCUGCAGCCCCCCACCUCCAGGAGAUCAUGGCCUUCUCCUUUGCUGGUCUCCCUGAAUCGGUGAAAUUUCACUUCACAGUUUCAGAUGGAGCUCACACAAGUCCAGAGAUGGUCCUCACCAUUCACUUGCUUCCCACUGAUCGGCACCCGCCUGUGUUCCAGGUCACAGCUCCACUGCUUGAGGUCAGCCCAGGAGGCAGCACUUCCGUAGGACUUCAGCUAGUAGUAAGAGAUACUGAGAUAGCACCUGAAGAAUUCUUCUUUGAGCUCCAGAAACCUCCAGAGCAUGGCAUGCUCCUUAAGUACACAGCCGAGUUCCAGGGGCCCAUGGCCACAGGUGACACGUUCACAUAUGAGGACAUUGAGAAAAAUGCUCUUCAGUAUCUGCACGAUGGCUCCUCUGCUCGGGAAGACAGUAUAGGGAUCUCAGUCACAGAUGGCACCUCGGCAACAACCGUGGAAGUGAGAGUGGAGGUGUCACUGUCAGAGGACCCAGGCCCUCAGCUGGCUGCCGGAGCCUCUCUGAGCAUUACUGUUGCUAGUAAAAGCACGGCCGUAAUCACCAGGUCACACCUUGCUUAUGUUGAUGAUUCUUCCCCUGACCCAGAGAUCUGGAUUCAGUUAAGUUCUCUGCCCAUGUAUGGUGCUCUCUUAAAAAUGUCAGGACCUGAAGUGGAAGAGCUCUCGGAGAUUUCCAACUUCACAAUGGAAGACAUCAACAACAAGAAAAUUAGGUACUCAGCUGUGUAUGAGACCGAUGGUAAUCUGGUUACUGAUAGCUUCCAUUUCUCUGUCUCUGAUAUGGACCACAACCAUCUAGACAAUCAGAUGUUUACCAUCACUAUCACUCCUGUUGAGAAUCCACCUCCAGUCAUUGCUUUCGCUGACCUUAUCACGGUGGACGAGGGAGGGAGAGCCCCACUCUCAUUUCACCAUUUCUUUGCUGCUGACGAUCAGGAUAACCUCCAGGGAGAUGCCGUCAUUAAACUAAGUGCUCUGCCCAAAUAUGGCUGCAUUGAGAACACUGGAACAGGUGAUCGUUUUGGCCCUGGAACUACCAGUGACCUGGAGGCAUCAUUCCCUAUUCAAGAUGUCCUGGAAAACUACAUUUACUACUUUCAAAGUGUCCAUGAAAGCAUUGAGCCAACCCAUGACAUUUUUAGUUUUUAUGUAAGUGAUGGAAACAGGCGUUCUGAAAUCCACAGCAUCAAUAUCACCAUUGAGAGGAAGAACGAUGAGCCUCCCAGGAUGAGCUUGCGGCCCCUUGGUGUGCAGCUAAGUUCGGGAGUGGUGAUAAGCAAUUCUUCACUGAGCCUGCAGGACCUGGACACUCCGGAUAAUGAGCUGGUUUUGGUAUUGACAAAAAAGCCUGACCACGGUCGUCUGCUCUGGAGGGAAAGCAUUUCUGAGCCUCUGGCGAAUGGGAGGGUUUUAGCUCAGGGCUCCUCCUUCACCUACCAAGACGUCCUGGACGGACUGGUCGGAUACAUGCCUGGUGGUCCUGGUGUGGCAGUGGAUGAGUUCCGGUUCUCCCUCACGGAUGGCCUCCACAUGGACACAGGGAGGAUGGAGAUCUACAUAGAGCUGCCCAUAAGCAGCGCCCCCCACUUGGCUGUAAACCGAGGCCUUCAGCUCUCAGCAGGGUCUGUAGCACUCAUCACAGAACAGCACUUAAGAGUGACUGAUACUGAUUCAGAUGACCGUCAGGUGAUGUACAUCAUGAAGGAAGAUCCUGGUGCCGGGCGCCUGCAGAUGGUAAAGCAUGAGAACCAGGAGCAAAUCUCCGUUAAAGGCCCCAUCCGGAGCUUCACCCAGGCUGACAUUAGCCAAGGCCAAGUAGAAUACAGUCAUGGGAAAGGAGAAUCUGGUGGGAGCUUUGCUUUUAAAUUUGAUGUGGUCGAUGGAGAAGGCAACACAUUGAUGGGCCAGUCAUUUUCCAUCAGUGUUUUAGAAGACAAUUCCCCACCAAUCAUCACUGCCAACAAAGGGCUGAGCUUGGACGAGAACUCAGUGAAGAAGAUCACCACUCUGCAGCUCUCUGCCAUGGACCAGGAGAGUAAGCCUGAGGAACUGAUCUAUAGAAUCACUAGACAGCCUGAGCUAGGCCACCUGGAGCAUGCAGAAUCGCCUGGUAUCCAGAUUAGUUCCUUUACUCAAGCUGACCUGACUUCACGAAGCAUUCAGUAUAUCCACUCCAGUAAGACCGAGAAACAUUCAGAUGCCUUCAGCUUCACACUCUCAGAUGGAGUCAGUGAGGUGAUGCAGACCUUCCAUAUCACCAUACGCCCUGUGGAUGAUUCACUGCCUAUUGUACACAACUCGGGGAUGCGGGUACAGGAGGGUGUGAGGAAGACCAUCACAGAGUUUGAGCUCAAGGCGGUGGAUGCUGACACAGAGGCCGAGUCUGUCACAUUCACCAUUGUGCAGCCCCCACGCCACGGCACCAUCGAGCGGACCACCAACGGGCAGCACUUCUGGCACACUUCCACCUUCACCAUGGAAGACAUCUACCAGAACCAGGUCAGCUACAGCCAUGAUGGCAGCAACUCUCUCAGAGACCACUUCACCUUCACCGUGGCUGAUGGCUCAAAACCCUUCUUUAUCAUUGAGGAAGGAGGAAAAGAGGUUAUGACAGCAGCACCUCAGCAAUUCCAAGUAGACAUCCUCCCAGUAGAUGAUGGCACCCCUAGAAUUGUUACCAACCUGGGGCUCCAGUGGCUGGAGUACAUGGAUGGCAAGGCAACCAACUUGAUCACCAAGAAAGAACUGCUGACCAUGGACCCGGACACAGAGGACCUGCAGCUUGUCUACGAGAUAACAGCAGGCCCCAGUCAUGGCUACGUGGAGAGCAGGCUCCAGCCUGGCAGAACUAUUGUCACUUUCACGCAGGAGGAUGUGAACUUGGGAUUGAUUCGUUAUGUGUUGCACGAGGAGAAGAUCCACGAGAUGAUGGAUAGUUUCCAGUUUCUGGUGAAAGACAGUAAACCCAAUGUGGUCAGCGACAAUGUCUUCCAUGUUCAGUGGUCCCUCAUCAGCUUUAAAUAUACCAGCUACAAUGUAAGUGAGAAGGCGGGGUCUGUCAGCGUCACAGUGCAGAGGACUGGGAACCUGAACCAGUAUGCCAUCAUCCUGUGUCGCACCGAGCAAGGGACCGCCAGUUCCAGCUCCGGGGUCAGCCUCCAACCGGGACAGCAGGACUAUGUAGAAUAUGCUGGCCAGGUGCAGUUUGAUGAGCGAGAGGAUACCAAGUCCUGCACCAUUAUCAUCAAUGAUGAUGAUGUAUUUGAGAACAUUGAGAGUUUCACUGUGGAGCUCAGCAUGCCAGCAUAUGCCCUAUUAGGGGAGUUCACCCAGGCGAAGGUCAUUAUCAAUGACACUGAGGACGAACCCACAUUAGAGUUUGAUAAGAAGACCUACCGGGUCAACGAGAGUGCUGGUUUUCUGUUUGCGCCUAUUGAAAGAAAAGGGGAUUCAAGCAGCAUCGUAUCCGCAAUUUGCUACACAAUCCCUAAGUCAGCUAUGGGAAGCAGCCUCUAUGCUCUAGAAUCGGGCUCUGAUUUUAAAUCUAGAGGGAUGUCUGCUGACAGUCGUGUGAUAUUUGGGCCUGGGGCCACCAUGUCCACCUGUGAUGUCAUGCUCAUUGACGACAGUGAGUAUGAAGAGGAAGAAGAGUUUGAGAUUGCCCUGGCAGAUGCUUCUGACAAUGCCCGCAUCGGAAAGGUGGCGUCGGCCAAGGUGCUCAUUAGUGGUCCCAAUGAUGCCUCCACUGUGUCCCUGGGCAACACGGCUUUCACUGUCAGUGAGGAUGCAGGUACAGUGAAAAUUCCAGUUAUCCGUCAUGGGACUGACCUUUCUACCUUCACAUCUGUCUGGUGUGCAACACGGCCCUCAGACCCAGCUUCUGCCACUCCAGGAGUUGACUAUGUUCCCAGCUCUAAAAAGGUGGAGUUUGGGCCAGGUGUCACUGAGCAGUAUUGCACCUUGACUAUCUUGGAUGACACUCAGUAUCCAGUAAUUGAAGGGCUGGAGACAUUUGUGGUUUUUCUCAGCUCAGCACAAGGGGCCGAACUGACCAAACCCUUCCAGGCUGUCAUUGCAAUUAAUGACACAUUCCAGGAUGUGCCCAGCAUGCAGUUCGGCAAGGAUUUGCUGCUAGUGAAGGAGAAGGAGGGUGUCCUGCAGGUACCCAUCAUUCGGAGUGGAGACCUGAGCUAUGAGUCCUCAGUGAGGUGCUAUACUCAGAGCCAUUCAGCUCAGGUCAUGGAGGACUUUGAGGAGAGAAGAAAUGCAGACUCCUCAAGGAUUACAUUUCUGAAAGGGGAAAAAAUGAAGAACUGUACUGUCUCUAUCCAUGAUGACUCCAUGUUUGAGCCUGAGGAACAAUUCAGGGUCUACCUCAGCCAUCCUCUUGGAAAUCACUGGAGUGGAGCCAGAGUUGGGAAGAAUAACAUGGCCACCAUCACCAUAUCCAAUGAUGAAGAUGCCCCUACCAUUGAGUUUGAAGAAGCUGCAUAUCAAGUUCGGGAACCCUCAGGGCCAGAUGCCAUAGCUGUCCUGAAUAUAAAGGUGAUCCGAAGAGGGGAUCAGAACAGGACGUCCAAGAUCCGCUGCAGCACACGCGAUGGGUCUGCCCAAUCUGGGGUGGAUUAUUACCCAAAGAGCCGAGUCUUAAAAUUCAGUCCCGGUGUGGAUCAUAUCUUUUUCAAAGUCGAGAUCCUGUCCAAUGAAGAUCGGGAAUGGCAUGAAUCUUUCUCCCUAGUCCUUGGCCCAGAUGACCCAGUGGAAGCAGUUCUUGGUGAUGUGACCACUGCCACAGUGACAAUUCUAGACCAAGAGGCAGCAGGGAGUCUCAUAUUGCCGGCGCCACCCAUUGUUGUUACACUUGCCGACUAUGACCACGUAGAAGAGGUUACCAAGGAAGGAGUCAAGAAAUCCCCUUCCCCAGGCUACCCGCUGGUUUGUGUCACCCCCUGUGACUCUCAUUUCCCCAAGUAUGCUGUCAUGAGGGAGCGCUGCAGUGAGGCUGGCAUCAACCAAACAUCUGUGCAGUUCAGCUGGGAAGUGGCCACCCCCACUGAUGGCAAUGGGGCUCGCUCUCCCUUUGAGACCAUCACUGACAACACACCAUUUACCAGUGUCAACCAUAUGGUCUUGGAUAGCAUUUACUUCAGCCGGAGGUUCCACGUGCGUUGUGUGGCAAAGGCUGUGGACAAGGUGGGCCAUGUGGGGACCCCCCUAAGGAGCAACACUGUAACCAUUGGAACAGACAGUGCUAUCUGCCACACCCCGGUGGUAGCGGGGACAGCCAGAGGCUUCCAGGCUCAGUCCUUCAUCGCAAGCUUGAAAUACUUGGACGUCAAGCACAAAGAGCAUCCAAACAGAAUCCACAUUUCUGUACAGAUCCCACACCAGGAUGGAAUGCUGCCCCUUAUCUCCACCAUGCCACUGCACAACUUGCAUUUUCUAUUAUCUGAGUCCAUCUAUAGACACCAGCACGUCUGCUCCAAUCUCGUCACCACCCACGACCUGAGAGGCAUCUCAGAGGCAGGGUUCCUGGACAAUAAGGUCUAUGACAGCACGGCCCUGGGGCCUGGCUACGACCGCCCCUUCCAAUUUGACCCCAGUGUCCGGGAGCCCAAGACCAUCCAGCUCUACAAACAUCUGAACCUGAAGAGCUGCGUCUGGACCUUUGAUGCCUAUUAUGACAUGACAGAGUUAAUUGAUGUCUGUGGGGGGUCUGUAACUGCCGACUUCCAGGUGAGAGACUCUGCUCAGUCGUUCCUGACCGUGCAUGUGCCUCUCUAUGUGUCUUACAUCUAUGUGACAGCCCCCAGGGGUUGGGCUUCUCUGGAACACCACACCGAGAUGGAGUUUUCCUUCUUCUAUGACACUGUUCUCUGGAGAACAGGAAUCCAGACAGACAGUGUACUCUCUGCAAGGCUUCAGAUAAUAAGAAUCUAUAUUCGAGAGGAUGGCCGUCUCGUCAUUGAAUUCAAGACCCAUGCCAAAUUCAGAGGACAAUUUGUGAUGGAACAUCACACUCUCCCUGAUGUGAAAUCAUUCAUACUGACUCCAGACCACCUAGGAGGAAUUGAAUUUGACCUACAGCUACUAUGGAGUGCUCAGACUUUUGAUUCUCCAUAUCAACUCUGGAGAGCCACAAGCUCUUAUAACAGGAAGGACUACUCAGGGGAGUAUACCAUCUACCUGAUUCCGUGCACCGUGCAGCCCACACAGCCGUGGGUUGAUCCAGGGGAGAAGCCUUUGGCCUGCACUGCACAUGCCCCAGAAAGGUAG